AGACGAAACCACACGUUUUUCACCUGAGGUGCCACAUUUUAUAUGAGGACCUAGUAAAAUCAGUUGCACUACUACUAGACAGCCUACGCCUCAGCGUUCUACUAGUACUAGUAACGUGACGGGUCUCCUGACUCUCCGAGAGUAGCAUAACUCCUAGAUCAGAACAUGCUGUUAGCCUGUCGUUAGCUUGCCGAGUGGGAAACUACUACCAGGUUGGCUCUUCUGAGCCUACUAGGCACGUUGAUCAGCUUGUGGCCACGUGCACUUACUACUACUAAUAUUAGUAGUAUAGCUUCCGUAGUAGUGCUGAAUCUGCCAAGAAACCCCCGUGGCUCCAAGAGUGGAGGGUACUAGAAUUAUCCCUCUUUGACUCAAAUGAUUCGAUAGGGCACCGCGGUCCUAGUACUAGGAGCCAUCCAGUGACGCUCUCGCAGGGAGAUGCAGCAUGACGUGAACAGGGACAGGCAGGGUCUCCGGAGACUGAAUUGGGCUCGCAGCAGCGGCACGCGGCGCAACAAGCGCAAAUGCAACACCAGAUUUCACAUCCGCAUAUGUCCCAUCCGCGGCAGACGCAACAACAGAUGCUAUAUCAGCAGUGUCUGCCACAUCAGAUGAUGCCACGGCAGCAGAUGCAACAGCCGCAGAUGCAACAGCCGCAGAUGCAACAGCCGCAGAUGCAACAGCCGGAGAUGCAACAGCCGGAGAUGCGACAGCAGCAGAUGCCGCAGCAGUACUACUAUGCACCACAGGUCCAUCCAGCGCUGCUGCUACAGCCACAGCUACAGAAGCAGCCGGCUCAGCCAUUGCACCUACAGCCACACUUGCCACAGCACCAGAUCCAGCAGCUGCCAUCACAGCUACAAGCGCUGCUACAGCCGCACUUGCCGCAACUACCACUUCAAGGUGAGCCUCCCUCUGGCCCUGCCCCAUCGGAGCCCAGCAGGCGGAUGAAAAAGGCUCGCGGCCGGAACUACAAUCUGGGGAAGUACCGCGGAGUGAGGAAGCGAGGGGAGUUCCGGUAUGCUGCAGAGAUCAAGGACACGAGUAGUGGGAUCCGGAAGUGGCUGGGGACGUUUCCCACCGCAGAGGAGGCUGCUCUGGCGUUCGACCAAGCGGCUGUGGAGAUCCGAGGAGCAAAGGCCAAGCUUAACUUUCCAGAGAAGUUUGCUCAGGGCGAGGGAGGAGUAGGUUCGGAGCCCGCAGCGCCAGAAGCAGGCGGCAGGAUGGAAAUGCAGGGAGGUGCAGAGGAGGAUGCAACACCAGGGGGGGAGGAUGCUGCAGCAGCAGGGGAGGAUGCAGCAGCAGCAGGGGAGGAUGCAGCAGCAGCAGGGGAGGAUGCAGGGAAGGUUGGCGGGACUUGGGGCAUUGGCCGGGGAGUGCAGGGGAAUGGGGUAGGAGAGGUAAAAGAGGGCAGUGCUAGUAGGAGCUGUGUAGGGAAAGGAAAGGAGGCAGAGUAUGCUGAGGAUGUGGCAGAAAGGGACUUGAUGGGAGAGGCUGCGGGUCAGAGAAAGCCGUUUGGAGAGGGGACAAGCGGGGCGUUAACUGCAGAAGCUGCUGCAGCAGCCGCAGCAGAAGCAGCAGCAGCAGCAGAAGAAUCAGGUGCAGGAUCAGGAGCAAGGUCUGCCGCAGUGCGAGGGGGAGGGGGAGGAAGAGGAGGGUUAGCAGCGGGUGCAUCAGAGGCCAGUGCUGGUGGGAGCAGGGACGGAGCAGCAUGCACCCCGGAAGCGAGCUCCACUGUCAGUGGCAGCAGCUCCAGCAGACUUGCCCCUUCCAUAUCCGCCCCUUCUACCUCCAUCCCUUCCCCCUCUGCCCAUUCCCCCUCUGUCCCUUCCACCUCUGCCUCCUCUGCCUCUUCUGCCUCUGCCUCUGCCUCUCCCACGGCUGUGCCGUUUACCUUCCCAGCGUUUUCCGCCCCUGAAGCAGCUCCACACACCAGCAUACUUCC